AUGGAACAGAAUCAAGCAGCCGAGACCACACCUACUAGACCUCGUCGCAUCCGCCUGCACCACCCAGGCCGCUUCCGAAACGUCACCAUAGGCCUCAUGAUCGCCACCAUGACCGUCUUCGGCAUCCUCGUCAUGGUCGCCCUCGCUCACACGCCCAAGGUGAACAAUAACGAAGUCUUCAACAACACUUCGACCAAAGGCGGCGACUACACCACCACAGCCGUCAUCACCGUCACCGCUGUCACCGAUCAGGUGCCUACCGUGAUGGUCCCCGACCGAGAGGAGAGUCUGGUCCUUCCCAAGGUCCCCGAGAUGAACGGCAUGCCCGUCGUUACCCGUGGCCCCAUCUCGAGUGAUGCUGCGUCUGUCUAG